UCCCAUUCCGCUCCCGCAGAAUUUCUCACGCCGCCAUGCCCCGCACGCUCGAGCCGCCCAGCGCAGGAGCCCCCACGCGGUCGUCGUCGGCGGUACGCCCGUCUCACCGCCGGCGGCUAAGCGCCUAGAGCUUCCGCACGUUUCGGCCCAGGCGACUGCGCGAUUUCUUCCACGCACUCACUCUCGCUCCCUACUGCGUGCGCCGUACUGUGCUGCCAUGGCCAGCCGCCUCUUCCUCCUCCGGCAGACAACAAGGGCUUUGCGGCGUCAGACAUCACGAUCCCGCCCGUUUCCCCCUUCGUCUGACGGUGGGAACGUGGCGUCUUCCCGCGGGACGCUGGAACUGCUCGCGCCUCCGGUCAGCUCGCCAUCUUAUACUUUCCACAAGGUUUUCAACCAAGAUUCUGGGUGCUUCAGUUGGCUGCAAAGUUAUAAUCUUCAAGCCUACCAUUGUAUCCAUACAAGUCGAUCAGUUAGUAGUGAAAAUCAGGCUACUGUGGAGCCUCAACAAAGUCCAGGAGCAGCUGUAUCAGUUGAUAAUUCUGGUGAACCAAAACCGAAGAGGAAAAAGCUGAAAGGAAAGAGGGCAGUAACAAGAUUUUUGAAAUCCUUGAGAUGGAAAAAGAAAAGGGAGAUUCAGAGAAUGACUGCAGAGGAGAAGAUUUUGUACAAACUGAAGCUAGCUCAAAAGAAGGAAGAGCGGCUUCUUGCAGCACUGAAAAAAAUUGAACCAGAAGAUCCGUCAGAACCUACACACGAUCCCGAGGUGCUUACACCUGAAGAACACUUCUAUUUCCUCAAGAUGGGCCAAAAAUCUAAAAACUAUGUGCCUGUUGGAAGACGUGGAAUUUACCAGGGAGUGAUCUUGAACAUGCACUUGCAUUGGAAAAAGCACCAAACUCUCCAGGUAAUUGUGAAGACAUUCACACCAGAUGAGGUCAAGGAAAUUGCCACGGAGUUAGCCAGACUAAGUGGUGGGAUUGUGCUUGACAUUCAAGAUGGGAACACAAUUAUUAUGUACAGAGGGAAAAACUAUGUGCAGCCACCACCAGAAAUCAUGUCUCCAAAAGUUACACUCCCUAGAAAAAAGGCACUGGAUAAAUCCAAAUAUAAAGAAAAGCUCAGAGCUGUUAGGCGGUACAUUCCCAGGCUUGAGCAGGAGCUUGAAGAUCUUCAUGCGCAGAUGAAGUUAGCUGGAGUGCAUAAAGGAGGUGUAGGGAAAUAUGUUGCUUCAGUUUCACAUAAUGCAAACAGUAUGGCAGCGAGAGAAGAAUCUUCUAUCUCAGUUCACAAAAAAACUGUAUCUGAUCUCCUGUCAGAAAGUGUCGAGGGGUCCAAGAGGUUAGAGGAUGAAAGUUCUGAGGUUGAAGAUGUCUCAGCUUCAGAGUCUAUGUCAUUUUCUGAGUCUGAGGAUCUCUCUGACAUUUUUGAGACAGAAUCAGAGGAGCAGGAAGAAGACAACAAGGAACGCCCCUUAUAUCUGGAUAGGCUGGAUAAGUUUCCCUCAGAAAAUAAUGAUAAUGAACCAGAUGAUUUUGAGGAGCAUCUACGGAAGAUUGCUUCACUUUCUGAUAAGACUGAUUCACCUUCAAAGGAACUGAAAGUGUCAGAGCUUGACGAGAUUGAUAAAAUCUUUCUGAGAGCUAGUUCACUAUUAAAGAAAAGGUGAAAAUUUGGAAUUUGUCAUACAACAAUAUUCAUAUUUCUAUGCGCUAUGAAAAGUAUUUUGUGCAGUUUUAAUGGCACCUUCAGAAAGGGUUUAGAUUUAUGAUCAUCUAGCUACAGGCUGGCAAAUCAUGGGAGUUUGUUCAUGCUCAGAAUCAUUCUACAAUGAUCAUAACAAAACUGGUGAGCUCUUUUGAAUUCGUGAAUUGAUAGCUCUGGUACGAGAAAUCAGAUUCAUUUGGGUACAAUGCUUUUGUUAAAAUGCAAUGACAUUUAUCAGAAUGGUUGGAACCCUCGGUAACUGGUGUCAGCUGUAGCCCUCCUAUGUAAGUGCCAAUUUUGUAGAGGAACUCUUGAUUCUUGAAGAUACAUGUGAUAAAUGGAUGGAACCCUCGGCAACUGGUGCUGUAGCCCUCCUAUGUAAGUGCUAAUUUUUGUAGAGGAACUCUUGAUUCUUGAAGAUACGUGUGUAUCCCUUCAUGCCGAACUGGCAUUGCUUCAUUUGAUUUCUCUUGUUGAAGAUCAUUAAUGUUGCCUUUAGUUGAGCUAGAUUCUGUGUGCGUGCUAGUUUAA